AUGAGCUGCAAGCUCUCUACUGUUGGCCCGAACCUCCCAUGGUGGACGAAGCUACAAGUCGCCCUCGUCUCAAUCGGCUGCGACUCCGUCCGCCGCCCCAGUGGCACGCUCAACCGCCGCCUGGUCUCGCUCGUGGAUCUCAAGGCCGGGCCCAACCCCAACCCCGUCUGCGGAGUCCGGACGGCCGACGUCACCAUCGACCCCGCUCGCCGACUCUGGAUCCGCCUCUUCCUGCCCGCCCCUGACGGCGGCGCCAGGGGAGCGGCGCUGCCCGUGCUCGUUUUCUUCCACGGUGGCGGGUUCGCUUUCCUCUCGGCCGCGUCCCUUGAGUACGACGCCGUGUGCCGCCGAAUCUGUAGCGAGCUCCCCGUGGCCGUAGUCUCCGUCAACUACCGCCUGUCGCCAGAGCACCGGUUCCCCGCCCAGUACGACGACGGGGUGGACGUCCUCCAUUUCCUCGAGUCCAUGGUUGAUGUCCCCGGCGGGGGCCUCCUCCGGGACUUCUUCGAGGCGGCCGACCUCUCCAAUUGCUUCAUUGCCGGCGACAGCGCCGGCGCCAACAUAGCUCACCACGUCGCCCGCCGGUGGAGUGCCGGGGAGCGCCCCCCGCAGGGUCGGAUCAGGCUAGCGGGACUCGUCGCCAUUCAGCCCUUUUUUGGCGGGGAGGAGCGAGUGGACUCGGAGAUCCGCCUCCUUCAUGGGCCCCUCGUGACCACCGACCGCACGGACUGGCUCUGGAAGGCAUUCCUCCCCCACGGCGCCACCCGGGACCACGAGGCGUCGAACCCCGAGGCCGCGGCGGCCGACCUCGGGGACAACUUCCCGCCGGUAGUGGUUAUGGUGGGUGAGUUCGAUCCGCUGCUGGACUGGCAGCUGAAGUACUUCCGGAGCCUGCGGGUGAGGGGGAAGGAGGCGGAGAUCAUCGAGUACGCCGGCGCCAUCCACGCCUUCUACGUCUUCUUCGAUCUCAAGAGCUUGGAGGUGAUGAUCGAAGACUUGAGGGGCUUCAUCCUCCGGCAAACCCGUCGGCCGCAGCGUGGCAGCGCCGUCGACGCGGCAGCUCCGUGA